UUUUUCACUAUAUAACAACCAACAACCCCAUUUCCUAUAAAUGCCCCCCUUGUCCCUUAACGCGUAACUUUUCGUUUAUAGAGGGCGGUGGUGCAUAAACACGUCGUUUGUGUUUAUUUGUGACCUGUAACACGUAUUCAAUACGAACACCUAAACUUGUCGUAUGGCCGCUGCAGGAGCUGCCGCGGACGGGCUUUUCCGGUGCGUGUACGAGGGUUGCUUAUCAGAAUUGGAUAUUGGUGUGGAGCGGCGCCCGUACCACCGCAACUGUGGCUGUGCCCUACACAACAAGUCACGUAACAAGCAAUGUACCCACGGAGGGCCUAAGAGUAAGAAAGUGUCCUAUCCGCUGAGGCGGGCUUGGAGCGAAGGGAACUUGGCUUUGGUGGCUUCAGCCGGUUCUUCUGUGCACUCCUCGCCGUCUUCGUCGCCGGCUAAGCACCACCAUGUGAUCGGGCGGCUACAUCAGCGGCGGCAGUCGCAUCAACAAUUGGAUACUUUGUGCGAUGAGGAGGAGGAGGAGGAGGAUGAGGAGGAGAUUGUUCUCUUCAAGGUUUGAUGUAUGUUUGUGAUUUGAUCAGUACAGUAAGUGUACUUUGUUUGAUCAAUAAUUAUGGGAUAAUCAAGUUUUGUAAUUAAAUCUAAUUUUGAGUUUACUCAGAGAGGUUUGUAAGUUUUUCUGAUCAUCAUCAUAUCAAUGCCAUUUUUUUUAUCUGGCAA